AUGGUAAUAUACUACUUUUGUUCGCGAGUUUUAUCAUCUGGUGUCAGAUGGGCAAAGUGGUCCCUCCACCAUCGAUAUAUCUUGCUUAAUCAAGAUAUACAUCGUCCCCACACAAUCAACUUCAUGGAUUUCCCAGGGAAAUCCCCACUGAUUCUCUUGCUCGUCUUUUUCAUUUUAGAGCUUUGGGCUUCGCGAGCCGAGUGCAGAUCUCUCCAUCGAGAGUCCAUUUUGCUGGCGAGGCACGAGCGGUGGAUGGCUCAACAUGGACGCACUUACAAGGACGCUAAGGAAAAAGACAGGCGCUUUGCGAUAUUCAAGAGCAAUGUGGAGCAUGUCGAGUCCUUCAACAGUGCGUUGGGCAAAGAUUACAAAUUGAAAAUCAAUGAGUUUGCAGAUUUGACCAACGAAGAGUUCAGAGCUUUCCGUAAUGGCUUUAGACGGACAAAGGCCAAAAUGGGGUCUACCAAAGAUGACACUUCUUUUAGGUAUGAGAAUUUUACCGAUGUGCCAUCUUUCAUGGAUUGGAGAGAGAAGGGAGCGGUCACCCCGGUCAAAUCCCAAGGCCAUUGUUCUAGUUGUUGGGCAUUUUCAGCUGUUGCCGCUGUGGAGGGGCUUAUUAAGAUCACGACAGGGAAAUUAAUUUCGCUGUCGGAGCAAGAACUUGUGGAUUGCGACGUGGGCGGAAAUAACCAUGGGUGCGAGUAUGGUUUGAUGGACAAUGCCUUUGAGUUCAUCCAACAAAACAACGGGCUUGCAACGGAAGCCGAAUAUCCCUAUAACGGUUCAAGAGGCGCGUGUAGAGCCGUGACUUCCCUUGACCAUACAGUCAAGAUCGGCGGCUAUGAGGACGUGCCCAUGAAUGAUGAGGGUGCCCUUCUGAAAGCGGUGGCGAACCAACCAGUGUCGGUCGCGGUCGAUUCCGAUGGAGACUUCCAGUUCUACUCGAGUGGUGUGUUCACUGGCGGAUGCGGGACUGACUUUGAUCAUGCCGUGACGAUUGUGGGGUAUGGGACGAGCGCCAAUGGGAUAAAGUAUUGGUUGGUGAAGAACUCGUGGGGCACGGGAUGGGGCGAGGAAGGGUACGUGAGGAUUCAGAGAGAGGUCGACACUAAGGAAGGACUUUGCGGGAUCGCCGUACUUGCUUCCUAUCCCGUUGCAUGAAGUAUUAACUUAAGUACACUAGAUGAAUUGCAUCAAGAUCGAUCCUUGUUGAUUGACUUGAAAUUG